GGUCAAAGUACAUAGGAUAUAAUAUAACUAAGCUUAGAAGUUUUCUCUAGUGAGGAAAGAAAGCUUCCUUAUAAGCUUCCCAUCUGAUUGUGCCUCUUGCAUGCAACGGUGCUUUUAGUGCUUGUUUGCGUGAAAAGAACUCGUGGAUCAUAAAAUCAUGGCAUUGAAAUAUCAUAAUUUUUUUUCCCUUUUGCUUUUGCUUGUGAAUCUGAGCUUUCAUGGAAAUAUUGCUGCUCAGAAUGCUAAGUUAGCAGCUUCUUUCAUCUUUGGGGACUCAUUGGUUGAUGCAGGAAACAACAACUAUCUUUCAACUUUUUCCAAGGCAGACGUUCCCCCCAAUGGAAUUGAUUUCAAGGCCUCUGGAGGAAAUCCCACAGGACGUUUCACCAAUGGAAGAACCAUUAGUGAUAUUGUUGGAGAGGAAUUAGGACAACCAAGUUAUGCUGUCCCAUAUUUGGCACCAAACACAACUGGGAAAACCAUACUCAAUGGAGUGAAUUAUGCUUCAGGAGGAGGAGGGAUUCUCAAUGCAACAGGAAGCUUAUUUGUGAAUAGGCUCGGAAUGGAUAUUCAAAUAAAUUACUUCAACAUAACAAGAAAACAGAUUGACAAGUUGCUAGGCAAAUCGGAGGCGAGAGAUUACAUAAUGAAGAAAUCCUUGUUCUCCAUCAUUGUUGGGUCCAAUGAUUUCUUAAACAAUUAUCUUCUUCCUUUUGUUUCCUCUGGAGUGAGAGUUUCUCAAAAUCCGGAUGCUUUCGUCGAUGACAUGAUCAAUCAUUUCAGGAUCCAACUAUACAGACUUUACCAACUGGAAGCUCGGAAGUUUGUGAUCAGCAACGUUGGCCCAUUAGGCUGCAUACCUUACCAGAGGAUUAUAAAUGAGCUGAACGAUGAAGAUUGUGUGGAUUUGGCUAACGAGCUUGCAACCCAAUACAAUUCCCGAUUGAAAGAUUUGGUUGCUGAGCUAAAUGAAAACCUCCCUGGAGCCACCUUUGUCCUCGCAAAUGUGUAUGAUUUAGUGUCGGAGCUGAUCGUAAAUUAUCAUAAAUAUGGAUUCACAACAGCAAGCAGAGGUUGCUGUGGAAUUGGAAGUGGAGGUCAGGUUGCAGGGAUAAUCCCAUGUGUGCCAACAUCUAGCUUGUGCUCAGAUAGGCACAAGCACGUGUUCUGGGAUCAAUACCACCCAAGUGAGGCAGCCAACAUAAUACUUGCCAAGCAGCUUAUUAAUGGAGACAAGAGAUACAUAUCUCCAAUGAAUCUUAGACAACUCAUUGAUCUUUGAUCAUUAAUUUCCAUGCCUUAUUUUGUCCACGCAGUUUUCUUUUUCUUCCUUGAUUCUCUGUCAAAGUGUGUUACUGUAGCUGUCUAAAAGGUGGUCAAGCCUUUUUUUUAUUUUUUAUUAUUGCAACAUAAUAUGAAUUUUACAAGCGUAGUUUGCUUCCUUAACUAACGCAUGUAUGGUUUCAAGAUUUUAUCUAAUUGCUGGUUUAAGUUUGA